AUGUCACGUCAUUUUGACAUUUGCAUAAUUCCCUGCUGUUUUUCAAUACCGCUCAAGUGCUCUCUCUUAAAAGCAGUAUCAUUCGCGGACUUAAAGGAUUUUCUCACGAUAGUUGCACCGCCGGUGCAAGACGAAGAGGUAAAAAAUCUUUGUUUGGCGAGAGUCGACCCUUUAGUGGAUACAAAUGUCGGAUUAAUUAGAGGUUUACAAGCAACAGACGGUGAUUAUUCAAUGUUUCUCGGAAUCCCUUACGCAAAAGUAAACCACACAAAUCCAUUCGGGCCAUCAAUCCCACUUAAUAAAUUCGAUGGGAUAUUUCAAGCCGUUCAUGAUACUACAGGAUGUCCACAAUUAGAUGAAUUUAGUAACACAAUUACUGGAACGAUUGAUUGUCUUCAGUUAAGUGUUUAUGUACCAAACACAGCAAAUUCACAAAAUAAGGUCCCGGUACUUGUUUGGAUCCAUGGAGGAAGUUUUUAUAGGGGAUCUGCAAGUAAAAGUUUGUAUGGACCCAAAUUUCUUGUAAGACACGAAGUUAUCCUUGUCACUUUAAACUAUAGAUUGGGUCCAUAUGGGUUUAUGUGUUUGGAUACACGUGAAGUUCCGGGAAAUCAAGGUUUGAGAGAUCAACUGGGUGCACUUAGAUGGAUAAAAAAUAACAUAGAAGCAUUUGGUGGCGAUGGAAAUAAAAUAACUUUAUUUGGACAAAGCGCAGGCGGAAGAUCCGUGGAUUUUCAUUUAGUAUCUGACUAUGAGAAACUGUUUGAUAAAAUUAUUAUUCAGAGUGGAAUAUCCAUGUCUCCUCCAGUUAUAGCACAAGUGGAUAGCAGGCCAACGUUACUGCUCGCUGAGAAACUUGGUUUAUCCACCAAAGAUAUUUUCGAAGCUUUGAAUUUUCUUUCGAUCACAGAUCCCCAUGCCGUUGUCGCUGCAUCAUUAGAAAUUGAUUUUAGAUUCCGACCUUGUAUUGAAAAUAGUUUUGAUAAGGUUGAAAAAAUUAUAUCAGACUAUACUAUGAAUAAAAUUAUCCCUAAAGUUAAGAAUACACCAAUGUUAGUUGGACAUACUAAUAAUGAACGAAUAAUGGUUUAUGUUGGUAAAGACGAUGCAUAUCUGGAAACUCAAGACCCAUUCAACGAUAGACUUGAAGGUUACUUUGAUUUUAACAAAACACAACUACAGGACAUGAGUAACAUUGUUAGACAGUUUUAUAUAGGAGAUGAAAAAAUUAGUACAAAAAACUUACAGACUAUUGUGGAUUUUGAAUCCGAUUUCACAUAUAUGCACCCAAUUCAUCGCCGAAUGUACCAGAACAUUUAUAAUGGUUGUAAGAAUGUGUACCAUUACGUAUUUUCAUAUCAUGGCCAACGACAUAUAUCUUUGAGAAAAGACAAUGUGACGAUAUAUGGUGCAGCUCAUAGUGAUGAACUCGGCUACCUGUUUGACAUGCCAGUAGUGUUGGAAGAUGAAAUAACAUUAGAAGAUCAAAUAAUUAUCGACCGAAUGACUACACUUUGGACAAACUUUGCUAAAUUUGGUGAUCCCACUCCUAUUGUGUCAGACUUAUUACCUGUUAAAUGGAUACCAGUAACAGACAGACGGAUGUUUUAUUAUAAUAUUGAUACAAAAGUUACUUUGGAAAGAAGAAUGUUUCAUAAAGAAGUAGCAUUUUGGGACCUCUUCUUUAAACAUAAUCAACACCUUCAAAAGGGAUAUCGGAAUAUAUCUAAUUAAGAUAUACAUAAAAAAACAUCGCUUCUAAUUUGAAAUUUGUCACAAAACAAUAUCUUCAAAUAUAUAAAACGAGGA